AUGGCAGAGCCUGACUAUCAAUCGUGCGACGUAUCCCCUCGGAGCUCCGCACUCACCCUCACCACGGAAAAAGACAUGGGCUAUCGGAGGGCACCUCGACAUUCUUCAGGCUCCGAGCUCUCACCAGCCGACAGUCUGCCUUCUUCCCUAGCGUCCUCCCCACCCGCCGUCGAAAUCACAAGGACCUCCCCGACAGUCCCUUCCGCUGCCAAGCGCUACAGAAAAGCGCGUGUUUACUUUCAGCCAAAGGAUCUUUCAAUCCUCGAAAACUUUUAUAAAAAGAAAAACUACCUUUCAUCGCGCGAAAGGGAGAUUCUCGCUCAGCAGUUGGGCAUAACGGAGGACAGGGUAUGA